GUGUGAUUAAUAAUGGCGCUUUCUCUCAGCCAGACUCGACCACCAAGCCUUAGCCAUAGCCAUACCCUUAGCGUCAUCGUUCCUAAGAGAACGUUCGUUUCGAUCCGAUGCGGUCCACGAGACAACCGCGGACCACUUCUCAAAGGCCGAAUCCUAAGCACCGAAGCAAUCCAAUCAAUCCAAUCUCUCAAACGAGCUCAUCGAACCGGUGUCUCCCUCUCCCUUACCCUCCGUCCUCUCCGCCGUCUCAUAAAAUCCGAUCUCAUCUCCGUCCUCCGUGAGCUUCUCCGUCAAGACUAUUGCACACUCGCUGUCCAUGUACUCUCCACUCUCCGUACAGAGUAUCCUCCUCUUGACCUUGUUCUAUACGCAGACAUUGUUAAUGCUCUUACGAGGAAUAAAGAGUUCGAUGAGAUAGAUCGUCUUAUUGGUGAAAUUGAUGGAAUUGAUCAAAGAAGUGAUGAUAAGGCUUUAGCUAAGUUGAUUAGGGCUGUGGUUGGAGCUGAGAGGAGAGAGUCGGUGGUUAGGGUUUAUACCUUGAUGAGGGAAAGUGGUUGGGGGUCUGAGUCAUGGGAGGCUGAUGAGUAUGUCGCUGAGGUUUUGAGUAAGGGUCUCUUGAGACUAGGAGAGCCAGACUUGGCUUCUCAAGUCUCACUCAAAUCUUCAAUUCUAAAACCUUGAAUUUUCGGGUUUUCGGUUUGGUUUGGUUCGGUUUUUGAUUAAGUUCAUACACUUUUGGCAAAGAUUGCACUAUAUUCUGUUGCUAUGGUUAGUUCUUUCGAUUUGGUUCGAGCUGAAAUCAAUUCGGGUAGCGAAAAAUUUACGAAAUGGUUCAUUGCGAUAUGCGAAUUGGAUCGGAAGUAAAUAGUUUAUGCAUUGAAAUGUUGUGGCGUUUACAAUGAUCUGUUUUGAAGAUUUUAGACAUAUGGGGUAAAAAAUUGUUUCUUUGAUUGUUGUAACCCUUGAGCACUGACUCUUACGGGGCAGAAACUCUUGGAUUCGAAAUGACUUCAAGAAAUGAGUUUGUAUUUGAUUUUGACGAUUAAUGCAAAGAGGCCAUAAGAAGG